AUGUGUGCGCUCAAAGGCGGUACAAACCGAGCAAAAUGGCAACAGCUCCAGGACCUCAACCCUUCCAUUAACCCUUCCAUCAACCCUUCUAUUAAACCUUCCAUUAACCCUUCCAUCAACCCUCUCAUCAACCCUCCCAUCAACCCUCCCAUCAACCCUCCCAUCAACCCUCCCAUCAACCCUCCCAUCAACCCUCCCAUCAACCCUCCCAUCAACUCUCCCAUCAACCCUUCUAUUAACCCUUCCAUCAACCCUCUCAUUAACCCUUCUAUUAAACCUCCCAUCAACCCUCUCAUCAACCCUCCCAUCAACCCUCUCAUCAACCCUCCCAUCAACCCUCUCAUCAACCCUCCCAUCAACCCUCUCAUCAACCCUCCCAUCAACCCUCUCAUCAACCCUCUCAUUAACCCUUCUAUUAAACCUCCCAUCAACCCUUCCAUCAACCCUCCCAUCAACCCUCCCAUCAACCCUCUCAUCAACCCUCUCAUCAACCCUUCUAUUAAACCUUCCAUCAACCCUCCCAUCAACCCUCCCAUCAACCCUCUCAUUAACCCUUCUAUUAAACCUCCCAUCAACCCUUCCAUCAACCCUCCCAUCAACCCUCUCAUCAACCCUCUCAUUAACCCUUCUAUUAAACCUCUCAUCAACCCUUCCAUCAACCCUUCCAUCAACCCUCUCAUCAACCCUUCUAUUAAACCUUCCAUCAACUCUCCCAUCAACUCUCCCAUCAACUCUCCCAUCAACCCUCCCAUCAACUCUCCCAUCAACCCUCUCAUUAACCCUUCUAUUAAACCUUCCAUCAACCCUCCCAUCAACCCUCUCAUUAACCCUUCUAUUAAACCUUCCAUCAACCCUCCCAUCAACUCUCCCAUCAACUCUCUAAUCAACUCUCCCAUCAACCCUUCUAUUAAACCUUCCAUCAACCCUCCCAUCAAACUUUCCAUUAACCCUUCCAUCAACCCUCCCAUCAACCCUUCUAUUAAACCUUCCAUCAACCCUCCCUUCAUCCCUCUCAUUAACCCUUCUAUUACACCUUCCAUCAACCCUCCCAUCAACCCUUCUAUCAACGCUUCUAUUAAACCUUCCAUCAACCCUCCCAUGAACUCUUCCAUCAACCCUUCUAUUAACCCUCCCAUUAACCCUUCUAUUAAACCUUCCAUCAACCCUUCUAUUAACCCUCCCAUUAACCCUCUCAUUAACCCUUCUAUUAAACCUUCCAUCAACCCUCCCAUCAACCCUCCCAUUAACCUUCCCAUCAACCCUUCCAUCAAUGCUUCUAUUCAACCUUCCAUCAACUCUCCCAUCUACCCUCCCAUCAACUCUUCCAUUGACCCUCCCAUCGAUCCUCCCAUCAACCCUUCCAUUAACCCUCACAUCAACCAUUCCAUCAACCCUUCCAUCAACCCUCCCUUCAUCCCUCUCAUUAACCCUUCUAUUAAACCUUCCAUCAACCCUCCCAUCAACGCUUCUAAUAAACCUUCCAUCAACCCUCCCAUUAACUCUCCCAUCAAUCCUUCCAUCAACCCUUCCAUCAAUGCUUCUAUUAAACCUUUCAUCAACUCUCCCAUCAACCCUCCCAUCAACUUUUCCAUUGACCCUCCCAUCGAUCCUCCCAUCAACCCUUCCAUCAACCCUUCCAUUGAUCCUUCCAUCAACCCUAUCAUCAUCCAUUCGUCAAUUAAUUUAUUUGCUUAUUUUUAUUUCUAUCUAUUAUCUAUCUUUCCAUCUAUCUAA